AUGAGAAAUCGUCUGAUGAUAACGGCCGUGGCCUCCCUGGCUCUUACAUCGGUUCAAGCAUGCGACAUCGUCCCUGCGGUCACCUAUACAUUCUAUGGAUUCCCUGACAAUGAACCCGCGGGCCAUGAUAUCGCCUACGAUUGUGGCCGUGGCCGCAUAGCCGGCGGUGUUGGAACUUUCAACGAUCCUCUGACCUUCGCCUCGGCCCCUGGCGAGUUCACGCAGUGCGAAAUCAUCUUCGCCCCGUAUCUACACAAGUACCUGCGGUUCGAGGAUCAUUGCUCUCGAUGUGCAGAUGAAUGGAACUCUAGUAUCUAUCACAUCGAUAUCUGGACGGGCAGUAACACCACCGAUGGAGGCCAGGACCAGAUCAACUGCGAAAUGAGCCUGACCCCGACGGGCAGCUUGCCGAUCGUGCGAAAUCCCAGUGCGAAUUUGACUGUUGACACCACGCCGCUCUAUGUCCCCGGCGGCAACCCAUCUUGCAAUGUUGACCAUGUUUACUCCAACGAGAGUGCCCAGAACUUUUGUUAG